GCUCUCGGAUCAGAGCAGCUCCAGCAGUGACCAAAUAUGCGCAUUGAGUAAGACGUGCGACACCUCGGACAGGAGUGACGAUUAGAGGAGUGAGCAGGCGAACACGGGUGCUUCCUGCACAUCUGGAUUUCUCUGCAGGCUCCAGCAGGUGCAGAGGAGCCGGAGCGCUGGGAGCACGCUGCGCCGCGCCAGGAGCAAUGGGAUCUGACCGGCAUACUGAUCCACUCCACGACCUGAGUACCGGCGGCCCUGGGAGCAGCUCCAGCACACUCGCUCCUUUCCGCUCCGCUCUUCAUUAGAUCAGCUCGUCACGUCGUUGUGCGUGGAUCGCUGCGUGCUUGCAAUUGCGCAACCGCUUCGGACCAAGUUGGACGGCGUGAGCUCGGUGUCUGGGCGCGAUGUGGAGGACUGGGGAGCGCGGGCGUCUCGUGCUGCUGUGUCUGCCCCUGCUGAUGGCCGUGACACUCGGCCGCACUCCGAUCUCGCACAGAGUUAACGAGCCCAGCAACAUGUCGUACGUCAAAGUCACCGUGGACAAACUGCUUAAAGGCUACGACAUUCGGCUCAGGCCUGAUUUUGGAGGUCCACCGGUUGACGUCGGGAUGAGUAUUGACAUCUCCAGUAUCGACAUGGUGUCGGAGGUGAACAUGGACUACACCAUCACCAUGUAUUUCCAGCAAUCAUGGCGUGACAAACGCCUGUCCUACACAGGGAUACCUCUGAACUUGACACUGGAUAACCGUGUGGCUGAUCAACUCUGGGUGCCUGACACUUACUUCAUAAACGACAAGAAAUCUUUUGUUCAUGGUGUCACCGUCAAGAACCGCAUGAUUCGUCUCCAUCCAGAUGGAACUGUGCUCUAUGGCCUCAGGAUAACUACAACAGCAGCCUGUAUGAUGGACCUGCGGAGGUACCCCCUGGAUGAACAGAACUGUACCCUGGAGAUUGAGAGCUAUGGAUACACCACAGAUGACAUUGAGUUUUAUUGGCAGGAGGGAAGCUCGGUGACUGGAGUAGACAAUAUUGAGUUGCCACAGUUCUCCAUCAUUGACUAUAAAACUUUGUCUAAGAAAGUGGUGUUUGCAACAGGGUCAUACCCUCGUCUGUCCCUAAGCUUUAAGCUGAAGAGAAACAUCGGAUAUUUUAUCCUGCAAACCUACAUGCCCUCCAACCUGAUCACCAUUCUGUCCUGGGUCUCGUUUUGGAUUAACUAUGAUGCUUCUGCAGCACGGGUAGCUCUAGGAAUCACUACUGUACUGACCAUGACCACCAUCAACACCCAUCUACGAGAGACGCUACCCAAGAUCCCCUAUGUAAAAGCCAUAGAUAUAUAUCUAAUGGGCUGCUUUGUCUUCGUGUUCUUGGCGCUGCUUGAGUACGCGUUUGUUAACUACAUUUUCUUUGGCCGAGGUCCUCAUCUACAGAAGAAAGUGGCAGAAAAAGCUGCUAAGAGCAACAAUGAGAAAAGCAGACUGGAGAGCAACAAAAUUCAAGUGGAUACCCAUGGUAACAUUCCCCUUACACAUCUUGAUCUGCGCCUCAGUGGAGCUGAGAUGCUCGGUGCUCUUGGUGACCCUCGAAAUACCAUGUUUUCGUAUGACAGUGCCAGUAUUCAAUACCGUAAGCCCCUAACAGGCUGUGACCUUUAUGGCCGGCCGGCUGCUUCUCUUGAGCGGCCAAUCAAGCACAAGAAGGGUCGGUUACGAAAGCGGGCCUCUCAGCUUAAGGUGAAGAUUCCAGACUUGACAGAUGUGAAUGCCAUUGACAAGUGGUCGCGUGUCAUCUUUCCCAUCACCUACACUUUCUUCAAUCUAGUCUACUGGCUUUACUAUGUCCACUAGGGGACAGCAGUGCACUCAGCUUAGCUUACGCUUAUCAGAUCAGACCUUUGGUUGAUUGUGGUAUACAUAUAUUAGGGGUUAUUUAAACUUGCAGUUUAAUUUGAUAUUCUGCCAUAUAUAGUCAUCUAGAUAAUAUAAUAACUUUUGGCUCAUGAUUAGAUCUUUCUAUUCAUCACCCCUGCUUCACGUGAAAAUAGACUUCAGGGGUGUGAUGGUGCUGCAUCUAACUGUGUACAAAUGCACUAUAGCCCAGACUUACUGAGUACUAACACUACAGCUACAACUGUUGGCACCAUUUGAAAGUCAGACACUAUAGAGCCAAUAAACAAAGUUAAUUCUCAGAUUAUUUACCAGCAUUUAGAAUAUUUGCACUGUUUUGGUACAGAGCUUGUUGCUUUGGGCUUUACGCGAGUCUGCCCUUGUGCACAUGUGCUAACUACACACUAUUGGUGCACUAUAAUAAAAACUUGCAUUUUAGAUAGUCAUUAGAAUAGCCAGACCUAGCUCUUCUACACAUCGUGUUGCAACAUAACAAAUAAGCUGAAAAUAUAGCAAACAGGGAUAUGUACAAAUGAACAUAUGUUAAAUCUUUUCACAAAACCUGUGGAAAGUGUAUUUCUUUAUUCAAUAAGUCAGGUAUUAAAAAAACAAAUCAGUCACCAUCAUUUCUUGUAAUAGUAGACAAUACCAAGCACCAUUAUAUACACUUUACUUUUAACAGAGCACAGCAGCAAAGACAUAUAUUGUUUCGACUAAAAAGGCUGAGGAAAGAAACAAAGGCUAAGAAAACAAAAUUUUGAGAAAUAUG